UCGAUUGGCGGACGACAUGUCGAAACUGUAUCUUGCCAUGCCGCAAGUCAAGUUCGACUCCCCUCGCGGGUGCUGAUGCCACCCGGACAAGGUGGAACGAAAGUGCACUUCCGUCGAGCCUGGAUGAGAAUGAUGCUUGCGAAGCAAGCCGAAGCGAAAUGCCACGAUUCCUCCUUCAUCACCUUCAGCAACCUGGGCCGACUGAAAUCCAAGCCAUGUCUUGUUGCCUUUAUCAUGUUUCUAGGCGCGGAUUAUGAAAUUCGCCUUUGGCAUUGUCUACUUCGUCAGUACAGACGAGACGAGUAA